GGCCGCCCCAGCCUCUCCCAGUCUUCUCUAAAUCAGGACCUGGGGCAAAGACUGCCCAGUACAGGCCAGUGGAGGUUGCUAGGGGGAAGAGCAGCUCCAGAUAGAGGAUGCCGCAGCUGGGCCUGUCCUGGCUGGGCCUGGGGCCGGUGACCGCCUCCCCAUGGCAGCUCCUGCUGCUGGCCGGGGCCUCCUGGCUCCUGGCCCGCGUCGUGGCCUGGGCCUACACCAUCUAUGACAUCCGCCGCCGUCUCCAAUGUUUCCCAGAGCCUCCAAGACGGAGCUGGUUCUGGGGCCACCUGGGCCUGAUCACCCCUACGGAGCAGGGCAUGAGGACAGUGACUCAGCUGGUGGCCACCUACCCCCAGGGCUUUCAGACCUGGUUGGGCCCUAUCACGCCCAUCAUCAGUUUGUGUCCCCCUGACGUCAUCCGGUCUGUCACCAGCGCCUCAGUCAUCACUGCACCCAAAGACGUGAUCUUCUACAACUUCCUGAAGCCCUGGCUGGGGGAUGGGCUCCUGGUGAGUGCCGGUGACAAGUGGAGCCGCCACCGUCACAUGCUGACGCCCGCCUUCCACUUCAACAUCCUGAAGCCCUACGUGGAGAUUUUCAACAAGUGCUCAAACAUCAUGCACGCCAAGUGGAAGUGCCUGGCCUCAGAAGGCAGUGCCCGUCUGGACAUGUUCGAGCACAUCAGCCUCAUGACCCUGGACAGUCUGCAGAAGUGCGUCUUCAGCUUUGACAGCAACUGUCAGGAGAAACCCAGUGAGUACAUCGCCGCCAUCUUGGAGCUCAGUGCCCUGGUGGCGAAGAGGCACCAGCAGCUCCUCCUGCACACGAAUGCCCUGUACUACCUCACCUCCGACGGGCAGCGCUUCCGCAGGGCCUGCCACCUGGUGCAUGACUUCACAGAUGCCGUCAUCCAGGAACGGCGCCGCACCCUCCCCAGUCAGGGGGUGGACGACUUCCUCAAGGCCAAGGCCAAGGCGAAGACUUUGGAUUUCAUUGAUGUGCUCCUCCUAGCCAAGGAUGAAGAUGGGAAGGAGCUGUCUGACGAGGACAUAAGAGCAGAGGCGGACACCUUCAUGUUUGAGGGUCAUGACACCACAGCUAGUGGCCUCUCCUGGGUCCUGUACAACCUCGCAAAGCACCCAGAAUACCAGGAGCGCUGCCGGCAGGAGGUGCGAGAACUCCUGAGGGACCGCGAGCCUAAGGAGAUCAAGUGGGACGACCUGGCCCAGCUGCCCUUCCUGACCAUGUGUAUCAAGGAGAGUCUGCGGCUGCACCCCCCGGUCACCGUCUUUUCCAGACGCUGUGCCCAGGACGUUGUGUUCCCAGAUGGCCGGGUCAUCCCCAAAGGGAACGUCUGCACCAUCAGUAUUUUCGGCGUUCACCACAACCCAUCAGUCUGGCCAGACCCCGAGGGGCCGUUCUCCUAG